AUGGCGAAUCCGACCGCAACCUUUGAGACCACGAUGGGCAACUUCACUGCAGAGCUGUACCUGGACCGAGUUCCUCGCACGGCAUCGAACUUUAUCGACCUUGCCAAUUCUGGCUUCUACAAUGGCUUGCACUUUCAUCGUGUGAUCCCGGGCUUCAUGAAUCAGUUUGGCUGCCCGUACUCAAAGGAUCCGAAAUCCACCCGGGCUGGAACAGGAGGACCGCCAGAUGGCAGCUUCAAGAACCUGAAGACAGGGGCGACUGAGACACGCACCCGUGGUGGCAACAUCCAGGAUGAGAACAUCUCCAAGGACACGAACGCGCCGGGCACCCUGUCCAUGGCCAAUACAGGCGAGGCACACACUGGAGGAUCUCAGUUCUUCAUCAAUGUGGCCCACAACAACUUCCUUGAUUGGUUUGACAGCUCAAGCCCCUCUUGUCACCCAGUCUUCGGUCAGAUUACAUCGGGUAUGGAUGUGGUUGAAGCUAUCUCCAAGGUGCAGACUCGUGACGACAACCCCAUUAAGCCCGUCAUGAUGAACAAGAUCACGAUUUCCUGA